AUGGCGGCACCGGGAGGCGGAAUGUUGGAUGGCGGAGUCCCAACUGCGCAACCACCGGGAACAGACAUGACCGGAAUAUGCUUCCGAGACCAGUUAUGGCUAAACACUUACCCUCUCGAUCGUAACCUCGUUUUCGAUUACUUCGCUUUGUCACCGUUCUACGAUUGGACUUGCAACAACGAACAAGUUCGAAUGCGAUCUCUUCACCCACUCGAUCCCUCUCAACUCACGAAAAUGACGGGUAUAGAGUAUGUGCUGAGUGAAGUUAUGGAACCUCACCUUUUCAUUAUUCGGAAACAGAAGAGAGAUAGCCCAGAUAAAGUUACUCCAAUGCUUUCUUAUUACAUCUUGGAUGGUUCAAUUUAUCAAUCUCCUCAGCUGUCCAAUGUUUUUGCUGCUCGAGUUGGAAGGGCACUUUAUUAUAUUCAAAAGGCAUUUACUACAGCUGCCUCUAAGUUGGAGAAGAUAGGAUAUGUUGAUUCUGAAAAGGAGACUACAUUGCAAGAACCGAAGGCAGCUAAGGAGACAAUUGACUUAAAAGAAAUUAAACGAGUGGAUCAUAUUCUUGCAUCUUUGCAACGCAAGCUUCCGCCAGCUCCACCUCCACCACCAUUUCCAGAAGGGUAUGUUCCGCCUUCAACAGCAGAAACUGAGAAAGCCCCUGAAACUCAGGAAGCAACUGAGUCGCAAGCACCUACUGUUGAUCCGAUACUUGAUCAAGGACCUGCAAAAAGAAUGAAAUUUUGA